GACCUGCCGUCGUUCGAGAAUUAAAGGGUGUGAUUUGCGAAAAAGAUCCUGGUACGAUCGAUAUCGUGGUGUCCCCCCGUUUUAAUUAUUCCGAUCAAGCAAUAGUCACGGCAAAUAAACCCGAUUAUCCCAUAAUCUUGACUGAUAUCUCUAACUUUCAGCCAGUAAUCC